AUGUCAGAACCGAUUAGAACGAAGCCAAAGUCUUCGAUGAAAAUUGACAAUGCACCAACGCCUCAUAAUACACCAGCGAGUGUGCUAAACAAUAGUUUUUUGAAAAAUGGCAACCCAGUGGGCCACCAACCAGGCGGCAGAACAUCAAAUAGAGAGGGCACAAUCCCACAAACUAUCAGUGAAGAAGAUAUUCAAAGCGCGCUUGCCAACCAGCCUUUGCUUUUGCAGAGCAUUCAAGACAAGCUUGGUUCACUGGUUGGCCAAGACAGCGGCUACGUCUCACAAUUGCCCAAGUCCGUAAGGGAACGCAUCUACGGUUUGAAGAAACUUCAAAAUGACUUGUUCUCGAUCGAGAAGGAUUUUCAAAUUGAUAUGUUUGAACUGGAACAAAAAUACUUGACCAAAUAUGGACCCCUACAUGAGCGUCGUUGCAGGAUUGUCAAGGGUGAAGAGAACCCCACGCCGGAAGAAGUCGCCAAAGGUAGAGAGCUGGAGCUGGAAGAAGAGGGCGACGAAGACGAAGGAGAGGAAGAAAAAGAAGCUGACGAAAGCGGUGAAGAUGACAUAAAGGGCAUUCCAUCGUUCUGGCUCACCGCGCUAGAGAACCUUCCUGUUGUCUCGGAAACAAUCACCGACCGCGAUGCAGAAAUUCUAGAUUUCUUGAUCGACGUCAGAGUUGAAUACCUGACAAACGGCAAACCGGGAUUCAAGCUACUCUUCGAAUUCGAUCCAGAGACACCCUACUUGAAGGAAAAGCUUCUUGUAAAGACAUACCACUACCAGAGUGAACUGGGCUAUUCCGGAGACUUCAUCUACGACCAUGCAGACGGACAGAAGAUCACAUGGUCCGACAAAGAAUCGAACCCCACGAUCUCGGUGGAAAUGCGCAAGCAGCGGAAUAAGGUCACAAAACAAGUCAGAACGAUCGAGAAGGUAACGCCAGUAGACUCCUUCUUCAACUUUUUCGAUCCUCCAACGGUCCCCAGCACAAAGGACAACGCCGCGACUGACAACGGCGAAGGCGAAAGCGAAGACCAAGACGGGCAGGACGAAGAGGAGCUCGCGGACCUCGAGGCCCGUCUAGCGCUGGACUACUCCAUCGGCGAGCAGAUCAAGGACAAGCUGGUCCCGAGAGCCAUCGACUGGUUCACAGGUGCCGCGCUGGAGUACGAGUUCGACAACGAGGCCGCAGAAACCGAGCUCGAAGAUGAUUAUCAGGACGGAGAAGACGACGACGAAGACGACGACGACGACGACGACGACGAAGAUCAAGACGGAAACGAAGAGCCCGACGAUUUUGCCGCCGCCAAGGAGCAGCCACCCGACUGCAAGCAGUCCUGA